UGAUAUUGGAAAAUGUAGUUGAUCAUUAACAGGGAGCUUCAAUUUAUUUUGUUCAGUGAUGCUGUUGGGCAGCACUUCACUUCCUUCUAGAAGAGAGUGAUUAUCUAUCUGCCUAACCUCUAUAAACCCGUGCAACAGAUUUAAGUCCAGAUCAGACUGAAGUUCCACUGAGUCAGGGUCGCCCGUAGGAUAAUCCACGUAUUUGCUGUGCACACCUGAUCAGUCAACAUCAAUGUAUAUGAGCUGCCUAAAGGACUCCAUGCAGGCACGUCAGUCUUCGAACAGACGAGACUGGCACUGCCCAGUCUGCCUGCAGACGGCCAGAUUCCCAGUCCAGACGAACUGCGGCCAUUUGUUCUGCGCUCCCUGUCUUAUCACCUACUGGAGGCAUGGGUCAUGGUUAGAUGCAAUCAGUUGUCCUCUUUGCAGACAGAAGGUCAGCGUGCUCUGCCACCUGUUCAACGAGACCCGAUCAGACCAGCAGUCAAAAGAAGUUCUCGAUGAAAUCACAGCCUACAACAAACGUUAUUCUGGAGCUCCACGCAGGGUAACGGACUACCUCUGUGACACCCCCCUGCUUCUGCAGUUACUGGUUCGUGGCCUGGGCACCAUGGGAGGACUCGUGUGGCUGUUUCUGUUCAGGGUUGCCCUGUGCUGCGUGGGGACCGUGAUGUCCAUCUCCUCCCCUGCUCUGGAUGCCGUGUCUUCAUCGAGCACCCUAGAAACAGACCCCUCUCUCUGUGGACUGCUAGGUCUCCUGGACGACCUGGUGGUGGUCAUCCUGCUCCUUAUCUGCGUUAUCAAUAUCAACCAGCAAAUAACACCAGAGAGAGGACAACCUGGAAAUGCUACAACCUCACAGGGAGUGAUGGGAGAUUCACUUUAGAGAGCAUGAGCAGCUGGAGCGUGGCAGCACAAGCUGUUAGACAUGGACUUUUAUUGAAUUUCUUCCCUCUGGCUGGAUUAGUGGUUAGAAGAAUAUUGACAACUGCACAGCAUGCAACAGUCAAGGUGUUAGAGGUUGUCUGAGCCUCCCUAAAUGUAGAUUCAGAUUCCAGGUGUUUUUGUGAACUGUUUACAGAGUUCAUGCUAAACUAACUAAAAAUACGACGUUAUGCAAUUUGUAGGUUCAGAUGUGGUUACAAAUCCUUAACCCUUCUUGAGUCCUUAAGUGUUUGACUUGUCUUUGUUUUCCCUUUUAAAAAAAAUCUGUACCAGUGUCUAUUAACAUGCAUCUUUUAUUUUUAUAUUUUAAUAAUCUAUAUUAUUCUUUUUAGCUUGUGAUUUCCCAGAG